AAACGAUUAAUUUUAUCGAUUUAGUCGAUUGGAUCGAUUAUCGAUCUUUACGUAAAUCGAUAUACGUGUUAUUAACUUUUCUUAUGUAUCGAUAUUACCAAAUAUCGAUUUCCGUUCUUUGAAGUAUCGAUUCGCACAUUCUUUUUUUGCCACAUAUUUGGAAUCAACGACGAUUAAAUCGCUUUUUUUUGUAAAUAGAGAAUUUGAUUAUCAAAUCAUAGCAAGUUUAUGAUUAUUACUGUAACAUCAUACUUUGUUAAUGAUGCAUUAUUGCACACAAUUAAGACAUAUAUUAAGCGGAAUAUUGGAAAAAAAUCGGAUAAAUCGUUCUAUAAAACGAACUAGAGCCAAGCUUAAAUUUGGCAUCAACCAAGUGCGAGUAUAAUGACGACGGCAGUAGUAAUAGUUUAUGAAAUCAACCUAUAUCCUAAACAAUUUUUUUUUUCAUUUCUUGAAAAAUAAGUAAAUUUUUUUGAUUUUUUUUUUUUUAUAUAACAUAUAUACAUAACUUGUUAGUAUGCACAAGUUCAUUUGGAAGAAGGAUGAAUGAUCGAUACAUAUUUCAUGUAUCUUUUUGGUAAUGAUUCGAAGGAAAGAAAUCUCAAGAGGUUCUAUAAUAAAUCACACAUUAAUUUUUAUUGAUAACUGCACAAUGACAACACUCGUAACAUGCUCUCAACUUAGAGUAGCAGUAAUUGACAUUAUUUGUGCAACAACCAAGACUCGCCUAUGUGAAAAUGGGCAAAGCGGAAGAUGAACGGGCAAAGCGAAUAUACCCAUCAUAUAAGCCUUGUUUCUGGAGUAAGGUGUCAGUUGGAAAGUGCGAGCUCUCGUACCAAGAACGAGAAACGAGACGUCUCGAUCUGAACCGAUCGAUAUGAAGUUGCGUUCUCUCUUCCUCCUCGCGACCCUCCUCCUCCUCCUCCCAAGCGACGCGUCACGGGUUAAGGAGAAAUCGGAAGACGCGCCGUGCAUCGACGAUAACAAGUUCUAUCGUAACCCGAACUCGCCGGCGCAUAACGUUUGGUCGCCGGCCGAGUGUGCCAAGUAUUAUCUUUGCCUGGACAACGAGGUGUUCGAGUUCAGAUGCUCCCAGGGAUUGUUGUUCGAUGUUUCCAGGCAGGUGUGCGAUUUCAAAGCGAACGUGAACAACUGCGACGUGAUGUCAGAGACGCGAGCGCCCAGACCGCUUCUCGAGCACGGUGACUGCAAGGAGAGACAUUUGGCCUGCGGCGACGGUACGUGUUUCCCGGCCGCGUACUUUUGCGACGGGAGCGUCGACUGUCCCGAUGCCUCCGACGAAGGUGGCUGGUGCAGUAAGAAGAAACAUAUUCGAAACGAUCCGAAUGGGGCGUUACCUUGCGACCCAAAGCGGUGCCAUUUGCCGGAUUGCUGGUGUUCCAAGGACGGGACGGCGAUUCCUGGUAAUCUGACGGCGUCGACCGUCCCCCAGAUGAUAUCGAUCACCUUCGACGACGCGGUGAACGCUGAAAAUUUCGAACUUUUCUCCAAAAUUUUCUCGAACAAUAGGAAAAAUCCAAACGGCUGCCCCGCUCGUGCAACUUUCUACGUCAGUCAUCAGUACACGAAUUACAGGGACGUUCAAUACCUGUGGAAUAUAGGACAUGAGAUCGCCGCCCAUUCCGUCACGCAUCGGGGGCCGGAAGAAUGGUGGUCGAGCAAUGCUACCAUCGAGGAUUGGUUCGACGAAAUGGUUGGCCUGGCCAAUAUUAUCAACAAAUAUGCUGCGGUUCGUUUAGAGGAUAUUAAAGGUUUAAGAGCUCCCUUUCUACGGAUCGGAUGGAAUCGCCAGUUCCUUAUGAUGUCUGAAUUUGGAUUUGUCUACGACUCGUCCAUACUGGUUCCAUUUUCCGAUGUCCCAGUGUGGCCUUAUACGCUGGACUACAAACCACCGCACAAUUGCGUGGAUUUGGAACAGUUUUGCCCGACUCGUGCUUAUCCAGGUUUAUGGGAACUUCCGUUAAAUCAACUUUUGGCAGGCCAAUACACUUGUACGAGGAUGGAUUCGUGUCCUUCGGAUUUAUCGGGCGAAGAGAUAUAUAAAAUAUUGAUGCUGAAUUUUAAAAGGCAUUACCUUAGCAAUCGUGCUCCUCUAGGCUUGCAUUUACACGCAUCAUGGUUUCAAAAUCCAUCCUACUUUUACGCGUUUACCAAAUUCAUGGACGACGUGUUGCGAUUAAGGGACGUCUAUUUCGUGACGAGUUAUCAGGUGAUCGAAUGGAUGCGUAAACCAACGUCUUUGAAUGCAAUCGAGACAUUGAAGGCUUGGCAAUGCAAUCUGCGUAAAUUCCACUCGUUCGAAUUGGCUUGCGACUUGCCGGCCAGUUGCAAAUUACCGAGCAAAGUUCUUAAAUCGUAUCGUUAUCUACAUACGUGUUUCGAUUGUCCUAAGGAAUAUCCUUGGUUGAGAAAUGAAUUUGGAGCGGAGUGA